AUGGAUAAAAGUUGGUUAAAUAUUAGGAAUAGAGUUGACCAAAGAUAUAGAGAUGGAGUUGAAGGUUUUCUUAAUUGGGCAUUCAGUCAAUCUGGAGUAAAUACAAUGAUUCGUUGUCCUUGUAGAGGAUGUAUGAACACCGUGUUCAAGCUAAGAAUUGAUGUAAGAGGUGACUUAUUGAAAAAGGGCUUUUGGGAUUCUUAUAAAGUAUGGGACUUGCAUGGAGAAGUAUUAGUUAGAGUUGAAAACUCUAAUGCCGCAUGUAGUGCUGAAGUAGAAGCUGAUGACAUUGAAGAGGAUGACAUUAUUGAAAUGAUUCAUGACGCUUGUGGAUAUAUGGGGAAUAAUAUUAAUUCGUCUGAGGAAAAUGAAGAACCAAAUAUGCAUGCAGCAAAGUUCUACAAAUUGUUGGAAGAAGCUCGGAUAGAACUUUAUCCUGGUUGCACAAAAGUCUCAAAGUUAUCUUUUGUUAUUAAAUUACUUCACUUGAAGUGCCUCAACCAUUGGAGCAACAAAUCGAUGGAUGAGUUAUUAAGCUUCUUUAAAGAAGUUCUUCCCGAGGGGUCAUUAUUACCUAGUUCUUUUUAUGAAGCUAAAAAAAUUCUUCGUGACCUAGGCUUGGGGUAUACAAAAAUAGAUGCAUGUCAGAAUGAUUGUAUUUUAUAUUGGCGUGAUUACGUCAAUGCCCAAUCAUGUCCAAAGUGUGGAAUGUCUAGAUGGAAAUCACUAGAAAACAAAGGCAAGAAAGUAGCUCAUAAAGUAUUGCGCUAUUUUCCAAUCAAACCAAGGCUUCAAAGAUUAUACAUGGCAAAAGAGACAUCAAAGAAGAUGAGGUGGCAUAAGGAGGAAAAUAUUGAUGACGGUGUCUUGCGUCAUCCAUCUGACUCAAUAGAAUGGAAAUCAUUUGAUGAGCAUUAUCCUUCUUUUUCAUCUGAGUUAAGAAAUGUUCGAUUAGGUUUAGCAAGUGAUGGGUUCCAACCUUUUGGAAAUAUGAGUUCAAAUCAUAGUAUUUGGCCUGUUGUUCUAGUUACAUAUAAUUUGCCACCAUGGGAUUGCAUGAAAGAUUCAUAUUUCAUGAUGCCACUUCUUAUUCCAGGUCCUAAAUCUCUAGGCAAUGAUAUUGAUGUAUACUUACAACCCAUGAUUGAAGAGUUGAAAGAAUUAUGGGAUGGGGUGGAGACUUAUGAUGCACACACAAAAUCUAAUUUUCUUAUGCGUGUGGCUCUCAUGUGGACGAUUAAUGACUUUCCUGCGUAUGGAAACCUUUCAGGAUGGUCAACNUUGGCGUGA